AAGGCCAUCGGUCGAGUUAGAAGGAGGGCUGCCCCCUUUGCAGCGCUCCGCUACUCUUCCACCUGUUUGGUCUUCCUCGAGACAAGUAUCGCCUCCUACUACAGAUCAAAACAAUAACAUCAAGAUGACUUCCGAAGACUUGCUUCAGCCUGGCCAUAUUGUCAAGGAAAGAUGGAAGGUAAUGAGGAAGAUUGGUGGAGGUGGCUUUGGAGAGAUUUAUGAAGGUUUAGAUUUAGUAACUCGUGAGCCAGUUGCACUCAAAGUAGAAUCUGCAAGGCAACCAAAGCAAGUAUUAAAGAUGGAAGUGGCAGUAUUAAAGAAAUUACAAGGCAAAGAACAUGUCUGUCGAUUUAUAGGCUGUGGUAGAAAUGAUAGAUUUAAUUAUGUAGUGAUGCAAUUACAAGGAAGAAACUUAGCAGAAUUACGAAGAGCUCAACCUAGAGGAGCAUUUUCACUUUCAACCACAUUACGUUUAGGAUUGCAAAUAUUGAAAGCAAUUGAAAGCAUUCAUCAAGUUGGUUUUCUUCAUCGUGAUAUCAAACCGAGUAAUUUUUCAAUUGGCAGAAUGCCUUACAACAACCGCAAAGUGUAUAUGUUAGAUUUUGGUUUAGCUCGUCAAUAUACUACUGGAACAGGUGAAGUACGUGCUGCUAGAGCAGCUGCUGGCUUCAGAGGAACUGUUCGUUAUGCUUCUGUUAAUGCUCAUCGUAAUAAAGAAAUGGGUAGACAUGAUGAUUUGUGGUCAUUGUUUUACAUGUUAGUAGAAUUUGUCAAUGGACAAUUGCCUUGGAGAAAAAUAAAAGAUAAAGAACAGGUAGGAUUAAUGAAAGAAAAAUAUGAUCAUCGCUUGCUGUUGAAGCAUUUACCUUCGGAUCUCAGACAGUUUCUUGAACACAUUCAAAGUCUUGAAUAUGCAGAUAAACCAGACUACCCUAUGCUAAUAUCUUUAUUUGAAAGAUGUAUGAAACGUAGGGGAGUAAAAGAGUCAGAUCCAUAUGACUUUGAGAAAACAAAUAUAACAAAUUCAUCACAACCUCCGAGCUUACCCACAAAUCAAUCAGGAGCCGUCAUUAGAGCAACUAGAAAUGUUCCUCCAUCCAGUUUGGAUAACAAUCAAGAAACAGUUGUGUCUGUAGAUAAGAAUUGUAAUGCAACCAUGGCAACGACUCCUGCCAAUGUGAUACCUGCUAGUCCCAACCAAUUGGAAAAAGCAGUUGAUCAUGAAGGUGAUGCAGUUAUGGCGUCUGCAAGAUCAAGCUCUGAUACUAACAAACACAACAAUGAACGAAAUGUAGAUAAUGAAAGAGGGGAUCGUGAUAAAUGUUUAGCCCAUGUAAGGAGUCACAUUUCGAGUGGCGAAAAAGUUGGACGUACACAUAGUCAGGGACCCACACAAGGCCGACUUCGAGUACUAACGGCUCCCCCAACAAGCGUCCACGACGUUUACAAG